AUGGCUGCAGCUUGUGGCAACACGAACUUCACGCAAGCCCCUUUUCCCUUCUCUCAUGGUAAUGGCCUCGGAGCCGACCGAGGGAAGGCUUCCCCCUUCUCUCCUGGCAAUAUGAAUGGCCUUGGAGUCGCCUACAUAUGCACGCACCGACCGAAGAGACCGAGAGCCUGUGGGGCUCACUGGCUCACCCGCUCCGUAGGGCCCGUAUACGGUAUAGGGAGGCGCCCGAGAGGCCUUAUGCAAGCCAUUUUGAGAUUCGUGAAUGCGUCUUUGCCAUUCCAUGAUCUUGCGGGGUAUCGGGACAGUCCAUAA